GCGCCCGACGCGCCGUCCGAGGCCAGCCCGGAGGCUGGCGCCGCGCAGGCCGCGGCGCCCGCUGUCCCCAGCGGCGAGGCGGCGGCCGCGCCGCCGCGGCGCAGGGUGGCACUCCGCGUGGCGCUCCGCGGGGCGGACCUGAGCCGGUCGUUCUCGAAGCUGGGGCGCCUGGAGACCCGAUGGACCCGUACGCGGUCGUGGAGUUUGGCGGGCAGGAGGUGCACCGCACCGCGCCCUCGCGCGGCGCGCACAAGAAGCCCGCCUGGGACGUGGAUUUCACCGUCGCCUGGCAGGGGCCGGGGGACCUCACGCUCCUGA